CGGUAAUCAUUCUGGAUUGGAUGGUUUGGCUAGCUCAAUCUAGGCUAGCAGUUAGCUGGUGUUCCGUUCACUUUGCUCAGUGCGGGAGAGGCUUAGCACUCGGGUCCGUUAUUAGCUAACAUGGCGGCUGUUCGCAGUUUGCGUGUGUCUGUGAAACCUGAAAGUGCAUCUGAUCGUUCGGACUCAGACUCAGACUCGGACUCUGACCGAAAUGCUCGGGAAGCAGAGCCCAUGGAGGUCGAGGAGGGUGAACUUGAAUUGGAAUCUAUUCCUGUUUGCCGAAGUUUAAAGGAACUGUUACCGGACACAAGCCGAAAAUACGAAAACAAGGCGGGCGCUUUUAUUACUGGUAUUGAUGUAACGUCAAAGGAAGCAAUUGAGAAAAAGGAAAAGAGAGCAAGACGAUUCCACUUCCGUGCAGAGGGCAAUCUUGCUCAGAGAAAUGUUGUUCUGGACAAAGAACUUAUGAAAAAAGCUAUACCCAAGGUUCGACUGGAAGCCUUACACCUGAAUGGUGUGGAUGACAUGAGUACCCAGGAUGUGUUUGGUUACUUUAAGGAGUAUCCCCCAGCCCAUAUUGAGUGGAUUGAUGACACAUGCUGCAACGUUGUUUGGCUUGAUGACAUAACAUCAACACGAGCUCUGAUUAACAUGAGCCAGAUGCCUGACAAAGCAGUCUCCAACACUGAAAGCUCCAAAACCACUGACAUUCCAAUCCAAGAACAAAGAACUGGACAAAAUCAUGGGUCUGAUGAGGAAGAGGAAGGUGAGGUUGAUGAUGAUGAUGAUGAUGAUGAUGAUUUGGUGGUAAAAGCAGACAAGAGUAGUGAUGACAGUGAUGGGAAAGCCAGUGACAGUGAAGAAGAGACAGAGAAAAAGACAAUACAAGAAAUCUCAGAGACAGAGGCCCUCAUGCUCUCUCAGGCAGAACGCGAGUCUCUGCUCCGGAAUGACCUUCGUCACACGACCAAAACCUUCAAAGGCAACAAACUGUUCCUGCGCUUUGCCACGCAGGAUGAUAAAAAAGAACUGGGUGCAGCAAGACGGAGUCGGUACUACAUGAAAUAUGGCAAUCCAAACUAUGGGGGAAUGAAAGGCAUCCUAAGUAAUUCUUGGAAACGCAGGUAUCAUACAAGAAGAAUCCAACGUGAUGUUCUUAAGACCAAAAAGUCCUUAAUUGGAGACAGCAUGGGACACACUCCACCUUACACACACAGACAUUCAGCUGAUCUGGUGAAUCUGCCAGAGGAGCCCAUAGAAGAAGAAGAGGAAGAGGAGGAUGGAGAGGAAGACAUGGAUGCUGAUGACCGAGUGGUUGAGUACCGAGAUCGGGGAGACAGGGAGCGGGGGUCACGAGCUGGGGAAGGAGGGCCACGCAGCCGUUUGGGGGGCUCGUCUUCAGCAUCCUCAGAUUCAGAUGAAAUGGACUAUGAUCUAGAGCUGAAGAUGAUAUCAACACCUUCACCUAAAAAGAGUAUGAAGAUGACCAUGUAUGCCGAUGAGGUUGAGACCAAUCUCAGGAGUCUCCGAAAUUCCAUUCAAAGUGAUUCAGGCUCAUCCAGUAGCAGUAUACGGAGUCGCAUCGGUAGUGGCACGACCAAAUCUACCUCAGAGAAAGUGAUGGAUGUCAGACAGUUACUGGAGGAGAAAAGACAAGGAGUCUUACAUCAGAGAACACUCCCCCUUGUAGCCUCCAGCGGAAAGACAGACGUGAGACAGAGGUUGGGGAAGAGACCACACUCUCCAGAUACAUACCGCUCUGUCUCUCCUGUCCCCUUGAGAAACACAACGCCUCGUCGGGAGCCUCUGACUGAUGUCCACAGCAGGCUUGGUGUGACAAAACAUGAAUCACGGGGCCUUUAUUCAGAGUCAUCCAAAGACAAAAAGUCAGGUGGUCUUUGGAGCCGACUGGGACCAUCUCAUAAACAUGGUAAAGGCGAUCGCAAGCUUUUUGGCCGAAUAGGGAGCACUGCAUCCUCUUCACGGGAGAUCCGUCAGCAAGAUGAAGUGUACUCUGAUGGAGCCGAUGAUUAUAAUGAUGAUGAAGAUUCCCAGCUGCAGAAGAUGUGGGGGGCCAUGAUCAAACAGAAGGAGGAGCAGUCCAGCAAGAUGAAGAAAAGCCGGCUAGAUAAUCUCCCUUCACUGCAGAUUGAGAUUAGCCGAGACAGCAGCAACGGCUCUGACAGUGAUUCUUGAGAGGAAACGAGACUAAACCUAGAAAAAGACCCAUUGGAUGAAGAAGAGAUAAGAGAGAAAAUAUUUACUGCUGACUUGUUGAAGAAACCUUCAUAAGUCACUGCCAUGCCCUGUUAUAAACGUGGAUAUUUACAUUUACAAAUGUUUCUGACUGAUCUAACUGAAAGAAAACCUGCCAGCAACCACCCCACCCCUGCUCAAAAAGAGAGGGAAUAACACAGUUUGUUUAAGGAAGGGUUAAUGAGAGGGAAACAUUCGUUCUUGUCUUUCUUUAAAAGAAAAUGUGAUUGGUUGUGGUAUCUUGACACAUUUUCAAGGCCCAUAUGCACUUUAUGAUGAUGCACCAAGAUAAAAGUAACAAUAGAUAUUGCUUUAAUAUUGAAAAGCAGGCAUUGUGAUCAAAUGUCUGUAGGCAGUACUUUGUGAAUGUUCUGUCAGUGAGAACAGUCCAGUUUAUGAGGAUUGAUACAGUUGAGCUUCCUGGCUAUAGGAAGUGUCACAGGGCUUUUGAUUUGGGGGGGCAUACUUGGUUUAUGCAAAUUUUGUUGGUGCACGCCCUAUAAAUAAAUGCAUUGGACCUGGAUUGAUCAGUGCUGUAUUAUACUUUCAGCACUUCAAACUACACAAUACUGUAGCCAAUCAAUAUUAUGGUAAUUUCCUUAAAGGGGUGGUCUACAUUCCCAAAACACAUCAGUGACUUCAACAAGCAAAACCAUAGAAAAAGGUUUAUUGUAUGUGAAAAUAAACAUCUUUUUUACAUAA